AUGCAAGGUAAUUCAGGACACUACGCUAUCGAUCAUCAGUAUGAUUUCGCUUUUGAUGCUGCUAACAAUCCUUUGAUGAUGGAUUGUACUCUUGAAGAUCCAUUUUAUUCAUCUUUUUAUAACCCUACCCCAGGGAUGUGGGGUGAAAUGAGUGGUGGAUUUGGAUUAAGUACCCAAUUACUUGAGAGAACUGAGAACCAGGAAUUGUUGUUAUGUGACAACAAUCAAGAAGAGAUAAUGACUAAUGAUCGUGUUGAGGGAAUUAUAACGGAAAAAGGGAAGCAAAAAAUGUUGUCUCGAGAAACAAUUUCAAAGUACUUUUAUAUGCCAAUAAUUCAAGCGACCAAGGAACUUAAUAUUGGGGUGACAUUUUUGAAGAUAAGAUGUAGGGAUUUGGGAAUUCGAAGGUGGCCACAUAGGAAGUUAAUGAGUCUUCAAACAUUAAUCAAGAAUGUUAAGGAAUUGAAGGGGGGGGAAGGAAAUGGUAUGGAACAAAAGUGGAAGGAUGUGAUAGAUUCAUUAGAGGAAGAGAAGAAAAGGAUGGAAGAAAUUCCAGACAUGGAACUUGAGGAGAAAACAAAGAGAUUAAGUGGUCCAGUUGCAGACAAUGAUGCUGCUAUUGGUUAUGGCCAUAGAGAGGAAGAUGAUGAAGAUGAAGUCAUUAAGUUAUUUCUUGCUGACUGUUUCACUUCCAGUAGCCCAACCUUGCAUGAUUGA